AGCGCUACGCCGCGAGAGAGCCAUGGUGCAGGUGGCUGUAGCUGCGCGGCUCCUGCGCCUGCAGUGGCAGAAAGGCCCUCGCCUGCGCCCCGCGGAGAUUGGGGCGGGCAGCGCGCCCAGGAGGUUUGCCGCGGGGGCCUCGGCGGCGGCGACACCCUCCCGGCGCCUCGACCUGCGGGGCAUCUACCCGCCCCUGGCCACCCCGUUCACCUCGCAGGGAGAGGUGGAUUACAGCCGGCUGGAGGAGAACCUGCGCCUCUACGCCGGGAUUCCCUUCCGAGGUUUUGUGGUGCAGGGUUCCAAUGGGGAAUUUCCCUACCUGACUCAACAAGAACGCCUGGAAGUGGUGAGACGGGUGCGCGAAGCUAUGCCCGAGGAUAAGCUCCUGCUGGCUGGGACCGGAUGUGAAUCAACUCGGGGCACCAUUGAGAUGACAGCACAAAUGGCUGAUAAGGGCGCAGACGCUGCCCUCGUGGUGACGCCUUGCUACUUCCGGGGAAGCAUGACCAAUGCAGCCUUGAUUCAUCAUUACAAACAGGUAGCUGAAGCAUCUCCAAUCCCUGUGAUACUCUACAGUGUCCCGGCCAAUACGAAUCUGGAGCUGCCCACCAAUGUGGUCCUCAGCCUAGCACAGCACCCCAACAUAGUGGGGAUCAAGGACAGUGGUGGCAAUAUCACCCGCCUCGGACUCCUUGUCCACAGGACCCAGCAUGAGGACUUCCAGGUACUGGCAGGAUCAGCUGGUUUUCUGCUGGCCAGUUACAUUGUAGGUGCUGCUGGAGGGAUUUGUGCCCUUGCCAACGUGCUUGGGUCUCCAGUCUGUCAGCUUGAGCAACUGUGCUGUGCUGAAAGCUGGGAUGAGGCCCGUGCACUGCAGCACCGACUCAUUGAACCUAACAUUGCGGUAACAAGCAAGUUUGGAGUCCCAGGCCUCAAACAGGCCAUGGAAUGGUUUGGUUUAAAUGGGGGCUUCUGUCGCUCCCCCUUGCUCCCGCUGAGCGAGGCACAAGUGAGGGAGCUGCACCAGGAUUUCAGCUCCAAUGGAUGGCUCUGAAAGACGAAGCUGUUGCAGGCAAUGGUUGGAACCUUGAAAUGGGCAGCAGGCAUAUUGCCAUCCAGUUAAGCCUCGAAUUUCAUAUUCUGCAGCAUACUAAAAUACAGCUCAUUCAACCUA